ACCGUCUUGUAUCCUCUGUCUCCCCAGAGCAGCAGAGAGAGGCGCUACUCACAUAUUUAACGGCAGCGUCCAGAGCGAUUAUUUAACUACCUCCAUAAAGAGCUUGUACUGUAAGCAGUGUAAAGUGGGGGGGCGCGAGCAAACCACGUGAUCAAAUGCGGAAAUUGUGAGACAGAAAAAAGUGUGAGGGAAAAAGAGAAAGGAGUGUGUUUCAUUAUCCGUGUGAUUUGUGACUUGUGAGCGGCUCUCCCGUGUUUCUGCUGUCUCUACACCCACGAACGACUCUCACCUGUCCCGAAGGAAGUAAGGGUCGCUCUGAGGUCAGACUGCUGAGAUGACAAGGCUGUGACAGCGUGUUCCCAAGUGUGACCAAUUCCUGUGACAUGGCCGCUGCAAAGAAGAGUUGUGAGAAGGCAGGAGGCGUGCGCUUCUCAGAGGAACCCCCCGCCGCCGCCGCCCCGUCACAUGUUCACUUUGAAGAAAAGCUGCAUGACUCCAUCGUCAUGGUCACUCCAGAGGAUGAUGGCAACUUCAUGGUCAAGGUUGGCUUUCUAAAGACGCAGCAUCGAUAUGAAAUAAUCUUCAAUUUACCUGAGGUUCCAAGUCUUGGGAAGGAUGUGUGUCCAGCGCCUGUACCCAGUCCACACCUCCGCAUAACUGAUAUCACACCAGCACCAGAGGGAGGUCUGAAGGUAACGUGCGAGUACAUGGCCCUGCAGGAGGGCGUUCUGUGCGAGGAGGUGCUGCUGCUGAGCGAGGCCAACGACGACGUCUUUGUCAAAGUCAAAGUUCAAGCCAGGGUCAUGGAUCGUCAUCAUGGUACACCCAUGCUGCUGGAGGGAGUUCGCUGCAUCGGGGUGGAGUUGGAGUACGACUCCGAACAGAGUGACUGGCAAGGAUUUGACUAAUCCGUCCUCAAGUACCCAAACACACACAGAUACCUGCUGCCAUAGGAAGACACACCCUCCAAAAUACACACCAUGUCAUCUCCACAGAUGCUCUGAGAACAUUAUGACAUUCCUCUGCUGUUAAAACAUCUGAAGGAACUUUUUUUGUUUUGCUUCUUAUUUCUUCAGCUCUACAACGUUUGUUUGGCUCCCGUCACACUGUGCUCUCUGUGUUGUCGUUACUGCGCCACUAGGGGGCAGCAGUGCUUUUAAAUCAGUACAGCCUCAGCUUCCCCUCGCUGUUUUUUGCUCCUGUGCACUGUUCUCCUCAUGCACGAAGAAGGCAAACUUGAUCCCAUAUGAUUUAAUAGAUAAAGUGACUCUAAAGAAAGGAACAUAUUUGAACAAUUCAUGGAGAGGCAGUGCUGAGGCUGUAAUGUCUCAGUGUCGGUGUCAGAACUCUUAUGUUCUGCUGCCCAGUCAAGGCAAAUCUUCUCGGGUUCAUGCUCUUUAUUUCUCUCUUUUAUGUGAUUGCACAUUUUUGGAGCAUUAAUCAGACAAAACCAAGUAUUGGAACACAUUGGUUCUGUUUGCCAAAGUAAGACAAAAGGUUAAUUGUCAUCUAUACUCUGGUCACUUGCAAAGUUCACAGCCCUAAAAUCCUAUAUAUAUAUAUAUAUUUUUUAACAAUCAUUUUUCCAUCUUUUGACACAACAAAGUAUUAAUCCAAGAAUUGUUUCAUCAACAGGGGACAUAAUAGCUUUAUGGUGUUUUCGUGGGCGGAUAUUUCCUUUAAGAAAGACUUGCUUCAAUCUGUCCAGUGUUUAUUAUUAUGAUUAUUAUUAAUAUUCUUAUUAUAAUAGUCCUGUUCUGUUUAAAUGUGUAUAAGCCUUCAGAAAGACACUCACACACAUGUGACAUAAGUGCCUUUCGUGACACUGUUGGGUUUGUGUUGCCGUCCACUGACAAACACAUCGACCAGUGUGGAUCCAGAGGUGAAGGUGAAUGUGUGACGUGAGAGUCGGGACUUUUCACAUGGAAGGAAAAUCUUUUAAAUCGAAUAAAUGUGUUGUCAUUACAAUCCAGCUCCUCAUCUGACCUCAGUCACAGAUUUGACUGUGGUCGUCGACUGCAACUUGAUUUACUUUAUUUGUGCGUAAAGAGCAAGUGUCUGACAUCCUUCUACCACACCACUCCUCCUCCUCCUGUUUCUCACACUUUAUCAUUUGUUUUUUUUCCUGUCUCAAUGCAAUUAUAGCCUUAAAGGAAACAACUGUGUGUAAUAUGUCCAUAUGUUGGUAUAGCGUAGAUUUUAUUAGAUGUCUGCUUACGUGA